CGUCCCUUUGUUGAAGAGUCACGGAAUCACGAGUACUCCACAUCACGCAGUGGCGAGCCUUAUAAAAGCUCUGCAGCCCAUGUUCACCUCAGCACUUCCAUCACCAUGAGGGCGACAGUGGCAGCUCUUCUCCUGUGUCUUGUGGUAUCAGCAUGCCGCAGCCAAGAGACUCCACCUGGCCCUCCUGGACCAACUGAAGGGCCACAACCAACUGGUCCACCAGGCCCACCAACCGGAGGUCCUGAUCCAACAGGUCAACCUACUGGAGGUCCUGAACCAACUGGACCACCAGGCCCACCAACUGGAGGUCCUGAACCAACUGGAGAACCCCAACCAACUGGAGGGCCACAACCAACUGGAGGGCCUGAACCAACUGGACAACCAGGGCCGCUUCCCCUGUUUUAGAAUGGUGUUUUCUAUUGGUGAAAGAUUAGCGCAUCUGGGAACGUUAAAGGAUUUCAGUUUUUACCUUUGUAGUUGACUUUAACCGAAUUAAUUGAUGGAAGUGUUCUUAUGAUUCAUAAAAACCAAUUCUGAUUAAACUAGCAAUGAAAAAGCUCCA